AUGUCGGAGCAAGCGAUGACUUCGUCCACACCCUCAGGCGCCGAGAGCGCUCAACCGCAACCGCAACCGCAGGUUCAACAACAACAGCAGCAGCAACAUCAAGAACAGAAACAACAGCCACCACCACCACCUCCUCCUCCUCCUCCUUCUCCUCCCCCUCCUCCUCCUCCUCCACCACCACCUCCACCACAGCCAGAGCCCCAGCCGGCACCCCCUCCACCAGAUACCCCGUCCCAGUCGCAACCGCAGCAGUCAUUACUACAACCACAGCCACAGGUCCUCGAUGCUCCUGCUCACAAGCUCGAUUCCGUUGCCCUCGAAAACGGCAUCAGCUAUACCCUCAACUCGCCCCCACGACCGGCCAUCUCUCCCCUAACCGAUCCAGUUCCCGACCCUCGUACUCGCGAACCUUCCGUACAACCCCUUGAAAGCGAGCUCGAAACGAAUAACGCCGCCGACCAGCCCACGACGAAUGGAAAUGCGCACUCCAACCCAACGAACCGACCGAACACAGACCUCAAAGGUGGCAGGGACACCCCGCAGGCCAUGGGCGUCCGGGCAACUGCAGGUGCAGCAGUAGGAGGAGCAGCAACAACAACCGUAGCAGGAAAUCCUACAAAUUCCACCUCACACUUCUCAGGUCUCGCAAUGGACGGAACUCCAAUAGCUCCCUUCAACACUCAAGCCCCCCCAGCGGUCGACGGUAUGGGCAACAUGGACUUUCCUUCUUCCACCAUGGAUCUCUUACAGUCCCAGAGUGGUCAUAUUCUCAUGAGCUUCCUCCAGUCGCUCUCUGUAACCACCCAGCAACAACAGCUACAGCAGAUACCUCCCCUCCCACCAAAUACCGUCCGUCCGUCGCAGGUCUCGCUGGCCCAGAUGCAGCUCGAUCAAGCCAAUGCCUCGCAUCUGCCACAUAUAACAGCCCAGGGGGGAAUCCAGCCACCCGCCGCCGCCGCCGCUGCAGCCGACGCUUCGCUCGAGUCCUUUGCCAGACUGGAAUUCGCCGACGGUGUCUUCCAAAUGACUACCUAUGCCCUCAUCAUCGGUCGUGACCAACGUGCCUGGAGGUUAGCAAAGAAAGAGGAGCGUCGUGCCGAGCAAUACCAGCGACUGAAAGACGAGUACGAAGCUCAGGGUUUAACCCCACCGGCUCCCCCUUCUGAAGACGCUCGCCGAUUUUCAAAGUCAUAUAUUAGUGAAGAGGGCGGCAUGUUGGGUCCCGAGUCGGAUGAUGAGGAAGAUGAGGAGGGACGCCCGUCAGAUAACCGGGCCCCGAAGAAGCGGAAGAUGAACGGCGGUGUUUCUUUACCUGUGGAUUCGUUCGGUGAAGUGGAGAGCAGUUUGAUGUCUGCUGACCAGACCGUUGAUGAUGGAAAGGGUCCGGUGUCAAACAGGCAAUACGUCUCGCAUACCCCAGGAGCCGCGGCUGUUAAUCUCAGCGCUCUCCGACCCUCUCCACACCACACACCUUUCCUGGGCAUUCAUUCUCCAGGUCCCAACAUUGCUGCCAAGACAAAGGCCAUCUCCAGAGAACAUUUAAAGAUUCAGUUCAACUCCCAGGCUGGCGUCUUUGAAGCCAUUCCUCUGCACAAGAAUGGCUUCUUCUGUGAAGAUGUCCACUACAGCCACGACAAGGUGGUUCUCAAAAGCGGAGACCGUCUUCAAGUCAAGGAUGUCGAGUUUGUCUUUAUCAUCAAUGGUGUAGCUGAAGGCAAGACCGGUGCUGAAGAGUAUGAACCAGAAGAGACACCCGCGAGGAGAUACUCAGAAGGCGGAAAAGAGAUGAGUUUCGAUUUUGAGAGCAUUCACGACGUCGACAGGCGUAGCACCAGUCCUGAAGACAAUGAGGUGCCCAUGUCCGUCGAUCCUGACCGAGACGACAGCCAAAGUGAGCUAUCAGAACCUCCGGACGAAGAUAUUCUUCUGCCCGACGCGCCGGAUCAUGUCAUGGAAACGGUUGAGAAGGAAGAGGCCGAAGAAGAUGACGACGAUGAAGCCCGGUCUCAGUCUCAGUCUGUGAAACCUGAGCCAAGGCCAGAAUUCCCCGACAUGUCCAGCGUACCACUGAUGGACCCCCCCAAGAAACGAGGUCCCGGAAGACCGCCCAAGAACGGCAUCAUGUCCAAGAGGGAAGAGCGACUUCGGAAAAAGCAGGCCAUGGAGCUCGCUAAAAAGAACCAACCGCCUCAGCCGCCUGGUGAGCCGCCCAUCAAGCGCAAAGUCGGUCGACCGAGGAAGCAUCCCCUUCCUGAGGAUGCCCCGGAUAGACCUGAGAAGCGCAAGUAUAAACCGCGCAAGAAGAAUGGAGAAGAGGGCGAUGCCUCUGACGCCGAAAAAACCAUCAAAGAGAAGCGGCGCGAGAAACCCAAGACGCCUCCGCUCGAGCUGCGCAGGGAGGACUAUACCGAGGAACAGCUGCAGAAGCCAAACAAGAACUACGGCGUCCUGAUCGACGAAGUUUUGUCUGCCGCACCGGACGGGCUCACACUCAAGCAAAUCUACAAACGCAUUCAGCUGAAGUAUCCCUUCUAUUACUUCAACGUGGAUACCAAAGGGUGGGAGAGCAGUGUCCGGCACAAUCUUAUUGGGAACGAUGCGUUCAAGAAGAACGAGGAGACUCACCUCUGGAGCCGCGUCCCCGGAAUCGAUAUUGAUGCUGGAAAGAAGCGCAAGGCACCCUCCCCUGACCACGCCUCCUCCUUGCAUAACUUCGGCCAGCAUUACGCACCGCAACCCAUGCCUCCUCAUCCUGGCAUGUACCACGGAGAGCACGGGGUCCAACAAAGCUAUCAUCCAGGUACUGUGGGCCAACGACCGAGCUAUGUCACUACCGGACAGCCAGGAGCCAGCCAGCAUCCGCCUCAGCAUCUUCAAACUCCCCAGCCCGGCGUUCCGCCUCAGCAGCCUCCCCGGCCAGCCUACCAGGCUGCUACUCAAACAAGUCCACCAGCACAGGCCCAAGUGUAUGGUACGCCGCCGACCGCAGCACGCCAAAUGUCAGGUACACCAGCCGCGACAUAUCCGUCGCCAUACGUACCAAGACCUCCCAUGCCUACUGUUGCGGCACAGUCUGGUGCCACUCCCCACAGCAUGGCCAGGCAGCAUUCUCUCCCAGUCAGCGGUCCAAGUCAGGCAAACGGUGUCCCACGGGUCAAUCCACCACCCGCUACUGCAAAUACCGGAGUACCGGUUGCCGGCGGGGCUAGGCCGGCUCAGCAAGCUACGCCAACAGCGAAUACUACGGCGCCAGUGCGGCUCAAGCCAGUUAUCGCGCCAGAGCUCAUCUCGUGGCUUGAGAGCUUCAAGGUAACGGUUGAAAAGCUGGAAUACAUCCAGAAAACGUCAAAGUUUCCGCAGAUCCUUGCCAUGUCUGUCAUCAAUCGUGGGUUGAAGUUAACCACGAAAAGCAUGAUACCUGAUGAGGAAUCACUGGAGUUGGUUGUGCUCCGUGUCUUUGAGGAGCGGAUUCAAGGCACCAGCCACAAGUCGCUUGAUCCAGAUUUGCUGCAGACUCUACUCACCUUCAAGGCCACUAUGGUGAGCACUUUGGAGGCCAAACUGGACUCACAGAAGGCCGAGUGCUUGGUUCUCUCAGCUAUCGAUCAAGUUCUCGGCCUGGCUGACAAGACUAUUACGCGAGGAACGGAGUCUGAGAUGCGGGAGUUCAAUAACGCUGAAAAGGUUUUGAUUCCUGCUAUCAGAAUGAAAGUGGCAGAAUGGCAACGGAAACAGGUAGCCGCAACACCACCAGCACCAGUUCAUGCGACAGCAACGCCAGGCGCACUACCCGCUAACCAUCAUACAAUGGCCCCUGCGACAGCCCCUAGCCCGGCUCAAAGAAUUGCUACACCGAGCGCGACCCAGCGAGCCAACCCGCCGGGCGGCAAUUCUUCAGCAGUUCCCCGAAGCAUCACAGCCGCAGCUCCCGCUCCUACUCCGGCCCCAUUGCUUCCUAGGGCUGCACCCAUCUCCGGGCACCCUAUCGCACCCUCAACGGUUAACAACACGAACACCGCAAUGGGAGCUCGACCUGUGCCCGCCGCUGUCCCGGGACCCCAAAUAGGUGUUCACACGGGGGCUGCUAUAGGAGUCACUGCCCCUGUUUCUAGAAGCCCGCCUGUCACUCAUGGUGUUGUUACUGCAGCUCCCACUACCACGCCCCGGAGCAAUCUGGCUGCCUCUGUCCCAGCAGGCUCGAUGGCCCAACAAACUUAUUCCGGGGCACCAGUGGGGUCAGGUAAUGCAUCUGUCUCCAGAGCUCCUCCUUCCACUGCGGCUCCGACUGCGCCGACGUCUGUCCCGCCGGUGUCUUCCACCGUUCGUCCAAUGUCCUACGUGCCAACCGGCCCUCCGGGCUUGACAGCGCCUCCCACAGCUUCCUCGGGAGCGAGUGCCGGGUACGCUAGACCUGCCAAUGCUUCCACAAUGCCAGCGCCCACCUCUGGACAGGCGGCGAUGACAUCGGCUGUCCCUCAAAGUGUACCUUCUCCAAGACCUUCGUCUUUGAAAAUGGGAGUUCCUGCAAUUGCCGCUGCCUCAACCUCAAGGCCUGCAUCUGGGGUCUAUAAUCCUCCAGCAUCAUCACUUGCGCCUUCCACCCAUAAGAGUAUGCCAUCAGCAGUUCCCACAACUGCUUCUGGAGCCGUCUCAUCAACUGUAUCUAGCCUUGCGGCGACUCCUUUGCCGCCAUCAACUCCUCGAUAUGGCCCGUCCAAAAACGCCACACCGACGAUUCCAGCAGCAGCUAUUCCUCGAGCUCCUUUACCAGCCGCUUCAUCAGUGUCUGCUCCAGUCACCGGUCAGCCAUCAUUCUCUGCACCGGCAUCGGUACCCACACCACCGACAAGUGUAGCCUCUCAAGGAGCUCAGCCACUCUCUCAGCUAGUCGGUCCAGCUCCAGCUAUCUCUAGCUCUAUUGGGGCUACUCCGGCUGCUUCGAUUCCCUCUUCGGCGCCUGCUGCCUCGGCUCCUGUUACUUACCCAGGUCCCCAACAAGCUUCUGCUGCUGCUGCUCGGCUUCCUGUCACUUCAGCUCCUGCUGCACAUACGAUUGCUCAGUCGGUUGCUCAGCCGGUCGCCCGGCCGGUUACCCAAUCCCCUGUCCAGUCGGUUGCACAGCAUGUGACUUCCAGUCAGGCUUCCACCACGGCUGCCCAUCCAGUCGCACAGUCGGUCCCUCGGCCUGUUAGUUCCAAUCCUACUUCAGCUGCUCCGGUGGCGGCUGUCGGUACGGCUCAAGUUGCUUCAGUGCCUACUGUUACACAGCCAGCUCCUCACCGGGCUCUCUCAUCAGUUUCUCAGUCGCUUCCUCAGUCGGUUCCUCACGCAGCUCAUCAGGCAGCUCACCAGACUCCCCACUCAGCUUCUCGGCCAGUUCCUCAGUCAGUUCCCCAGUCGGUCUCCCAGGCAACUCAGGCGGUACCCCCGCCGAGCACUUCAGCUCUUACCCCAACUGCCCAACCAGGCCCAGUUUCUCCAGCUGUUUCUGGGUCUGGAGUCCCAGCUCCUUCUGCCGCUCAGUCCGUUGCUCCGGCUCCGGUCAGCUCCACUCCGGUCCCAGCUGCGACCGUAACUCCGGCUCCCACGGUAGCUGCUGCUUCAGCUCCUACUCGCGUUACAGCUGCACCUGCUGCAUUGUCUGCGGCUACGAAUCCCGCUCCUGUUCCCAGUCAACCUCAACACCAAAUAACGGGUCAGGCGCCAGCACAGCAGCAGAGACCACCAGCACAGGCUCAGGCCCCGGCUACACCGAUUAUUACCUCUGCGGCACCUCCCCGGCCUCCUACUCUAGCUCCUCCACCUCCUCCACCUCCUCCGCCGCCUAGUGUAGCUCCUCCGCCUCCGCCGCCUACUGAAGAUCCACCUCCACCACCUCCUCCUCCACCUCCUGCUGAAGCGCCUCCCCCACCGCCACCAACUCCUCUUAUGCCGACUUCGGCAAGCAGUGCUUCUUAG